UAUUAUUAUUCUUACUUAAAUAAUUGUCGAUAUUUUAAUGUAAUUCUCAAAAAGGAAUCUGGUUUAUAUUUUUUUCUUUCUUUUUUCUUUAUUUUUCAAAGACAAUCCGAUUUCCGAGGCUCAUUGAAUGCACUUUGAUAGUCCCGCCUUCCUAUUCUGUAAAUUGAUUGGCCAGCUAAAGGAGCACUUCCUGUAAAUCUAGAAUCCUAUUGGUUUAUUUUCCCGGUGACGAACCGGAACGAGUUUCCGUGCUUUUACUGUUUACCAGCCCGGUUUCGGUAAAAUGGCAGAGGUCAGCCACCGGCUGGGCCGUCUGACAGCUCUCAGAGUUCGCAAUAACCGCCCGGUUGGUGCCGGCGGAGCCUCUGGCUGCCUUCCGACGAGCUGCCACCGCGGUCUCUGUACAAGCUCAGAAGAAGAGAAACGAAGAGAAGACCAGACGCUUUCGAGAUGGAAUACAACUGGACAAAUUCCUAAGAAACUUUGGGGCUGUAGGAAAAGCGAAUAUGAACAGGAGGAAGAAGGGAUUUUACUGCUUGACCCUAGUUUUGAUUUGACUUCGUUUGGUUUAGUGAGAUGUUCAGAACCUCCAGAGAGUCCUGUACCCCUGCACGCCUCUGGGGUGCUUCUCCAGAACAAGAAGUGUCUUAAAUCCCUCUGGAGCAGAGGAUCUAUGUCAGCCCCUCCAGAGACUUUCCUGCCCCCUCAUCAGCUCAGAGGUUUUUGCACGGUUGUCCUCAUUCUGACAGAUCAGGGAACAAGCAGGCUGAGACUUUUGAAGCUUCACCCAGAUACUUUUAAAGUAUCCCAAACAAGAGGCCACAGCUCCAAGUCAGACAAGGUUCUUCUGCACAGAAGCAGGACGGCGUAUUAUGACAUCCUCAGAGUGUCACCCUCUGCUACCCAAUCUCAGGUCAAGACAGCAUACUACAAGCAGUCCUUCGUCUAUCACCCUGACAAGAACCCGGGGAGCAAGGAGGCAAGCCAGCGGUUCUCUGAAAUCAGUGAGGCUUACACCGUUCUGGGCAACAUCAGCCUGAGGAAGAAGUACGACCGGGGCAUCUUAAGCCAGUCUGACAUCCAAAGUGCUGGGAGACCUUCAUCUAAGGAACCAGCAAGUAAACCUGCAGCCCCCCAGCACCAGCAGGCCCAGCAGAGAGCCAGGCGGUUUUCCCAAAUGGGUGGAAAACCCAUGUUUGACUUUGACGCCUUUUACCGAGCUCACUAUGGGGAGCAGCUUCAGAGAGAAAGGGAACUGAGGCUCUAUAAGAAACACAUGGAGGAGAUGCAGGAGAAGAGGCGCCGGCGCUGGAGGGAUCAGAAAAUAAUGGAAGUGGCUGUGACAAUGAUUUUGACCAUGGCGGGGGUCAUCAUUGUCAGUCUUAGCAGGCCCUGAAGUGGAACCAGCAGAAAUGAUCCUGUGAUCUCUGUAAAACAUGAAUGCUACACAGCAGGAAGGGUAGACAUCAAACACAUCAUGCUGGGUUUUCGUGCGUUUCUGCUAAAUAUAUUCACUUUUUUAUGAAACACAUGUUCAUCUUAAAAAGUUCCAUGAAUGUAGAAACAUUUUUCCAGUGAGGUUUAUUUUGAUUUUCUGUUUCUGGAAUGAAUGUCUCUAAACUAAACUUUGAAAAUGUCUGCCUAAUCACUGAUUGGAAAGGAAUAUUUUAUUUUAAAAAACAUACAGACAGAAACAAAAAAGGAAAUAACAUACAGAAGAAUGCUUGAAAAAAAAGGGGGGAUAUUGCCCCCCUGUAAACAGUUAUUUUUACACUUUCUCUUAAUCAAAAACUCCUAAAAAUGGGUUUUUGGUGGUUUUGUUUAGUUAAAUUAUGAAAAUUUCUGCUUCUCAUGUUUCUUUUAUGCAGCACAGAAACAUUUCUAAAAAUGAAUAACCUGAAAUGUCAUGUUGGUGAAACAUUCACACAUCGGCUUAACUUCCACCAGAUGUUCAAAUUCUACGUAUUGAGUCUGACUCAGAAGUUUUUCAUCACAACAGCUCAAGAAACAAACAAACAAAAAAAAGAAUGACAGAGCAAAUAGAUACAAGAUAAAUUAAAUAAUAAAAAAAAAACGGUGUAACUAUGUCAAUUGUUAAAAAAGCUUCUAUUUUUGUGAGACAGGAAAUGUUUAAGGCAAAUAAAGUGAAAAUCCCAGA